UUGGGUUUUCGUUUCCGAAGCUAGCUCAUAACGACUCAGGCUGCGCGGCGAGUCGGUCACAAAAUUUGUCUACACUUUUACAAAAAAAAUGUAAAAAAUUGUAUUAUCAUGCCCGUCACCUACAGGAUUCGCACACUGCCGCAACAGCGGAAGUUGGUCCCCAACCUACUGAGGUCCAUACUACACGUCCUGGAGGAGACGCGCCGACCCAUGAGUGACACAGAGUUGAACUUCGUCCUGGGCAUCCAGUACCGACGCAACGAUCCGGAGUUCUAUCGCCAAGUGCAAGUCAAUCUGCGCGAUGGGGUCGAAUAUGGCAUUCUGAAGCGCCAGGGCAACCAGUUUUCGCUGCGAUCCCGACGCCUGGGAGAACUGGUGUCUACUCUUGGAUCCUCGCCAAACCGAUGAACUUUGGGAUAUAUUCGGAAACAGAGCGUACACAUACAGAAUAUAACAGAA